AUGCGCCAAUCCAUCAUGGCCCGUCUCCCCCAGGCACUUGCUCUCUUCAUGAGCUGCCUCGGAAUGACAGCUGCACAGUCUUCAGAAGAGUCAUUAUGGCCGCUGCAGACGUACCACAGCUCCUCAAUUCAGACUCCGUUCAUGAAUGUCACCAAGAUGGGGCAAACAGAACCCGGAUUCCUUUUUUUCAGCCCGGAAGAUAUCUUUCGAGGAAGCGGUUAUCCCGCCAUCUAUUCAGAUGAUGGUCAGCUUGUCUGGCAAGGCUCAAACGGUAGCUACUCCGGUCUUCAGCCGCAGAUGCUGGAUGAUGAGCCUGUCAUUGCCUAUUGGACUGGCUAUGCGGGCGAGGGGUUCGGAUUCGGACACAUCAGCAUCUUGAACAGCUCAUACGACGAGAUUCAUCGUGUCACAUUGAAUUGUAAGGAGGAGAACUUCGUCACUGUCUUUGACACGAUGGAGUUUGACUCAUGCAUUGAUAUCCACGAAAGCCAAUUCACUGCAGAUGGAACCAUUUUAGUCACAGCAGUGAAUGUCACCCAGGCUAACUUGAGCUCUGUGGGUGGCCCCAAGGAUGGCUGGAUUCAGGAUGGCCUCAUCUAUGAGAUUGACAUUAAAACGAACAAGAUCAAAUUCCGCUGGAGCGCAUACGAACAUAUUGAUGAGGCUCCGUUAAGCUAUGUAUAUGCUCCCCUUGGUGCAUCCGGGGCUGGCUCCGGGGUCAACAGAACUGAUCCCUAUGGAUACCCCCAUCUCAACGCCAUUUAUAAGUAUGGUGAUGAUUAUCUGUUGUCAUCUCGGUAUAUGUGCAGCGUCUUCUUCAUUGCCCCCAAUGGCACUCUCAAUUGGCAUCUCCAUGGUCGCACUGGUGGUGAUUUUAAUUUGGGUCUCGGUACUAGCUUUUGUUACCAGCACGAUGUGCGAUUCGAGUCUCAGAGCGCCGAGCGUGUCACACUGAGCAUGCAUAACAAUGAUAAUUCUGAUUUCACAGGACACACAUCCCUGACAACUGGACUUGUCCUCGACGUUGAGUUGCAAGGCUCCAAGGAAGUUACGCUCAAGAGUCGAAUGUGGGAUGCUGCCGAGCCGGUAUACGCUGAGUCCCAGGGUAGCUAUCAGGCUCUUGGCAACGGACACGUUCUGCAGGACCAUGGUGCCACCCCUAAGAUCGAGGAAUACGACGAGAACGGCACUAUUGUCAUGCGGGCGCGCUUUGGUUACGAUAAUACUAUGCAGACGUAUCGCGCCUAUCGAUACCCUUGGACUGGUCGACCAUCCACCAAGCCUGAUGCUGUUGCUUGCCCAAAUGGCAAGAACGGAAAGACUGCCGUGUAUGUGAGCUGGAAUGGAGCCACAGAUGUGGAGUCUUGGAAGGUAUAUUCUGGGUCGAAAGUCAAGCAGACAGCAGUGCGAAAUGGCUUCGAGACAACUAUUCUUGUAGACGGUCUCUCUGAGAGCGACACGAUAGUCGUUGAGGCAGUUGGUGGUGUCGGUGACGGUACACGAUCUCACUCCGUGACUGUCGGACAAGGCUGCUAG